UUCUUUUCUCAGUUCUCCACCAAGAUACUCUGAAACACGCAACAGACUUAGCCACCACAGAGCUAAAGAUUCAUGUGGGCCAUCAUCACUCCUCAUUCUCCAAUUUUCUUAUUUUUUUUAUAGAUACACAGACCCAGAAACGUUGUUCCAAGAGACGCACAAUCUCCAUGGAGGCCGUGAGGUCGAAUCUUGAUUGUAAUACUCUGUCAGCACUAUCUCGGGUCUCCAAGUUUUCCUCAAAACCCACAUCCAGACUGUUGUUUUCUUGCCCUUUAUCGAGAUCAAACACCUGGAGGAAGAGGGAUUUGGGGCUGAAGAUUGUUGGGUGUUUGGACCAGAAAAGGGUCGUCUCAGAAGCCAAGAGUGAAUUUUUAUUAGCUCUGAAUGGAGAUUUAGUUAAAAGUGUUGGUCGAGUAGUGCUUGGUUUUGCUGCUGCCGUGUCUUUGUGUUGUGAUUCGCCGGCUUUCGCAGAGUCUCUCACUGUCGCUUUCCCUGUUUCUCACACGCGUGAGGUGAAUACUGUUCAAAGAACUCUAGUGGAGGCAUGGGGAUUGAUUAGAGAGACUUUCAUAGAUCCAACUUUCAAUCAUCAGGAUUGGGACUUGAAACUGCAGCAGACAAUGGUGGAGAUGUUUCCACUGAGAUCAGAAGAUGCAGCAUACAACAAAAUCAAGGGGAUGCUUUCCACUCUUGGAGAUCCUUUUACGCGCAUAAUCAGUCCGAAGGAAUAUCAAAGUUUUAGAAUAGGAAGCGAUGGAAACUUGCAGGGCGUUGGCUUAUUCAUCAACGUUGAACCAAAGACUGGGCACCUGGUUGUGUUAUCAUGCAUCGAGAACAGCCCAGCUGCACGUGCUGGUAUACACGAAGGAGACGAGCUAAUGGAAAUAAAUGGCGAAAGACUCGAUGGAGUUGCAAGUGAAGCAGCUGCCCAAAAGCUCAGGGGACGUGUUGGAACAACUGUUACAGUAAAAGUCCACAGUGUUAAUGAUUCGGGAAGUUCGUGUAUCAGAGAGGUUAAAAUACCUCGUGAAGUUAUUAAGCUUUCGCCCAUAUCUAGUGCCAUCAUUCCUCACAAAGCGCCUGACGGGCAUCUUUCAAAGACCGGAUAUGUAAAGUUGUCAACCUUUUCUCAGACUGCUGCCGUGGAGAUGGAAAACACGGUCCAUGAGAUGGAGAGUCAAGGUGUCCAAUCAUACAUAUUGGAUCUCAGAAACAAUCCGGGCGGUUUGGUAAAAGCAGGACUCGACGUUGCUCAGAUUUGGCUAGACGGGACAGAGACUCUAGUGAACACUAUUGACAGAGAUGGCAAUAUGAUACCUAUCAGUAUGAUCGACGGGCAUGCUAUAACACACGAUCCACUAGUCGUCCUUGUGAACGAAGGGAGUGCAAGUGCAAGCGAGAUUCUUGCAGGCGCACUCCACGACAACGGCCGAGCAAUCCUGGUGGGGCAUCGAACUUUUGGGAAAGGGAAAAUACAGAGCGUGACGGAGCUACACGAUGGAUCGGCCCUUUUCGUUACAGUUGCCAAGUAUUUGUCGCCAGCACUUCACGACAUCGACCAGGUUGGCAUAACACCAGACGUACAAUGCACAACUGACUUUCUGAAUUCACCAAAAGACUCAUUCAAGAACGGGAACUCAGAUUCUUCCCUAGAGACCGAUUCUUGUAUCCUGGUCGCCGAGCAUCAGCUUGAUGUUCAAGAAUCCAAAGGCUCAGCUUCUUGAUAAGUGAUUAUGAGGUAAACCAAGCUCGGUUUCAGCUUGAUUAACCUUGAAGAUAGCAUAAGUUAAAAGCAGCUUGUAGAUAAGUUUGUGAAUAUGUGAUGUUAGCCUGAUAGCAAAACUUAUUGUAAACAGUAUCCGGACAUAUUGGCCUUAGUAAGUUAACCAAAGGGCUUGUCAGAAAAUCAUCUCUUUGAUGUAAUGGACAGCAUAUGAUGUUUCUUUAUGAAAGGUUAUCAUCAGUACUUGAAUAACAGACUGAUGUCUCUUCAGUUAGUUUAUCAUAUGUUAGCUUAUUCUAAUAUUUUCUAAUAAAUAAAAUGGUAAAUACCUCUUUAACCAACAUAAAUAUAAGUUGACAAACAUCCGGACAUCUAAUUAAGAUUGUAGGAAAUGUUGACCUUUUUGCUUGAACUAACUAAUUGAUAAUGUUUUCCACAUUGACAGUUUCAAUAUCGAUAUCAUUUACUAUAUUUUACUAGUAUAUUACAAAACAUCGAAAUCCAUAACCUUCUUAUUAGUCAUGCAUCAUAUCGCAUCAGUACAAUAUUUCGACAAUAUAUAUACACGUAUAAGAAAGACAUAAUAAACGACUGACAAUCACUCCAUCACACCAACAAAGCAAUAGCCAAACGUAUAUACUAUAUGCAUAUGCAUAGUAAACUCAUGACUCAAUGCACAAAACUCCGAAUUCAUUGAGAAAACAAAAUAGCAAUAAAAGAAAAUAAAAUCGGCGAAAAGAUAAGCGUAUCAGAAAUUGAUAGUCGGAAGGCAUUUCCUGCAUCCAUCGCCGGCAAAGGCGCCAUUGCACCAUCUUGCGCGGUGACCGUAGACAAAAGUACAAUCA